AUGGACAGGGAAGAAGUUUGGGAUGGAGAAGAAUAUGGAGACGAAAUUAAGGAAGAAGAAGUUAAGGAAGGAGAAGAAGUUAAGAAUGAAGAACAAGUUAGGGAAGGAGAAGAAGUUAAGGAUGGAGAAAUAGUUUGGGAUGGGGAAGAAGUGAAGGAAAGAGAAGAAGAUAAGGAAGAAGAAGAAGUUUUGGAUGGAGAAGAAGUUAAGGGUAAAGAAGUAAGUAUGGAUGGGGAAGAAGUUUGGGAUGGAGAAGAAGUUAAGGAGGGAGAAAUGAUUAUGGAUGGAGAAGAAGUUAAGGAGAAGAAAUUAGGGAUGACGAAGAAAGUAAGGAUGGAGAACAAGUUAUGGAUGGAGAAGAUGUUAGAAAAGUAG